CAGCACUUCCAGGGGCAGGCCAGACUUCUCACUAUGCCACUGUGGUCUCUACUUAGCACCCCAGUCUGGGGUCCUGGCUCUGUCCUCCUCAUUCUGGUCCUCCUGCUUAGACUAAGUGCACAGGCCUGGCAUAAGUUUUAUCUUUGGGACCUCCAGCACUGCUCCACAGAUUUGACUGGAAAGACGGCAGUGGUGACUGGGGCCAACAGUGGCAUGGGGAAGUUUGUGUCCCAGGAGCUGGCCCGCCGAGGGGCGCGUGUGAUCCUGGCCUGCCGUAGCAGAGAGCGUGGACAGCAAGCCCUCGCUGAGAUACGAGCAGCGACAAAGAGCACGCGCCUCCUGCUUGGUGAGGUGGACCUGAGCUCUAUGGCCUCCAUCCGGAGCUUUGCGCAGUGGCUUCUGCAGGAGUAUCCUGAGAUACAUCUACUGAUUAACAAUGCUGCAAUCUGUGGAUUCCCCACGACACUUACCCCAGAGGGCCUUGAUCUCACCUUUGCCACCAACUACACUGGGCCCUUUCUGCUCACAAAUCUGCUCCAAGGGGCCCUUCAGCGGGCAGAGUCAGCCCGGGUAGUGAACGUGUCUUCCUUCCUUCAAGCAUAUGCGUACGUUGAUGAAGAACACCUGACAGGGGCUGGUAGACCUUUGACCUUCAAUGAGAACUAUAACUGCAGCAAACUGCUUUUGGCCUCAUUCACUGGGAAACUUGCCCAGAGACUUCAGGGGACAGGUGUGACUGUGAACUCUGUGGACCCAGGUGUUGUAUACACGAAGAUCAUGAGGCACUUUUCUUGGCCAUAUCGCUUCCUCUUCUGGUUCUUCAGCUUCUUAUUUAAGGAUAGCAAACAAGGUGCAGUCCCCGUCCUCUACCUGUGCUUGGCAAAGGAGCUGGAUGGCAUUUCUGGAAAACAUUUUAGCAGUUCCUGUGUGAUAACUCUUCCCCCUGAAGCUGCUCGGGAUCGUCAUGUGGCCCAAAGCCUCUGGGAUACCUCCGUCCGACUAACAAACCUAAACAAAGUGGACUGAUCCUCUGUGACCCCUGCCCUAACUAGCCACCCUCUCCUUGGUGCCCAGCCCUUACUCUGAUUAUGCCUUCUGCUGCUGGUUCCAAGGAUCAAUCUUUUUGUCCAGUAUAGUGACCACUUCCUCUUCCUGUUGGUUCAGGGGCAUGGGAGCUCAGAUCAGCCAGAGACAGUUUCAGCUUCUAGUUUAUUGCUAGUUAUUUGAUAGAAGUAUUCGUAUCUUGGGUGCUAGGAUCUCCAAACCUACCAAGUCCUAUGUUGCGGUGACGGGAAUAAGACUGCUAUUGGUGGGUAUUAGAUGUACCAGUAAGAGGGGAAACUUCUACCUGUACCUCUUGGUUCUUGGCCUUGGGGGAGACAGCACCCUGCCGAGACCAGCUCGGCGACUCGAGGUGAGUGACGGGUGCCGCAAGCUUGAAGAAGACACAGACACAGACUGAAGAGAAAAGUGGGGCCGGGGGGCUCAAGACCUCUCGGAUCAAGAGCCCUGCUGACUCAUCCCAGGUUGCUUUUAUUGAGUUCGUGGGCUAACAUUCUCAGGUUAGACUCAUAAACAAUCAAAGGCCUCACAUGACUGAGGCAAUUAUCUUUGUUUGCUUCGUGGGUCCGAGUUGAGCAGGUGUGGAUUUGAGCUGGGGGUGGAGAGCAAAACAGCCCUGGGGGCAGGAGACCUCUCUCAGAUAUUAGGGGUCUGUGCCCCACCCAUGUUGGCCCCUCUGCGACUGUGCCUGUCUUAGGUUGUUCCUCCCUUGAGGAAUCUUACCCGUCUCUGGCUAACCAGUCAUCCUCUAGGGCCAAACAGGGUGAUAUAAGGAAGGCUCUAUGCACCACCCCUGUUGGCCCCUCUGCGGCUGUGCCUGUCUUAGGUUGUUCCUCCUCUGAGGAAUCUUACCCGUCUUUGGCUAACCAGCCAUCCUCCAGGGCCAAACAGGGUGAUAUUAGUCUCCACGCCCCGCACCCUCAGCUCCUCCACUGCUCAAGCAGGACAUUCUGAAUCCCAUCGCUCAGCCCACAUACUUUAACAUUUUCAAGGUUUCAGAAAGGUUCCUGAAUGUCUUCCCACAGCACCCCAUAGUGUCCUCUGGAUUAAGGCAUAUGCCACAUCCUGUAGGACAGCAUCGCAGCUUCAUAGGGUGUUGUCUCCCAGCUGGUACUGUAACUGAGGCUACAGGUAACCAUUCCACCUUUCUAUCAAACCAGCUGCUCCUGGGUGCUGAGUUAUGCAAUAAUGCCACUGAAUUCUCAGUGAGAGCCCACUGCUUCUUUUAAAUCUACAUAAAUUUUGGAAUUAGCUUUUCCAAUUUCACAUGCACAAAUCUUGUCGGGAUUGCACUACAUCUGUUUGGGAGGAUUGAAGUUUUUAUGUUAAUGAGUUGUUUAAACAUGAAUGAAGUGUACUUUUAUCUAUUUAAAUCUUAAUAUCUUUAUAAAAUUUUGAAUAAUUUUACCCAUAAAGAUCUUGCACAAGUUUUAUUAUAUUUAAUUCCAGAUACCUUACUUUUUAUGCUAUUGCAAAUGGUAUUUUAAAAUUUGCAUAUUAAUCAUAUAUCAAGCAACUUUAUUAAGUUAUCUAAUUCUGAUCAUUUAUCUGUAGAUUCUUUUGUUUUUUUUUCCACAUAGAA